GUCACUCUCUUGGUCCUCCGCCCCGUGUUGUUCAGUUGGCGGCAGCAGCGGCAGCUGGACAUGACGCCCGAAGAGUUUAGCGAGCCCGACACGGCCGAAGUCCUGCCCCGGCACAGGUUUGACCAGAGGUCCCUGGAGGACUACCUGAGCAAGCACUUGUCCGGCUUCCAAGCCGAGCCCACGAGGGCCCUGACGGUCUUCCAGUACAGAUCAGGACAGUCAAAUCCAACCUUUUACCUUCAGAAGGGAUGUCGAGCUUAUGUGCUCAGAAAAAAACCACCCGGCUCUCUCCUUCCUAAAGCACACAAGAUCGAUAGAGAAUUCCAUGUUCAGAAAGCCUUGUUUUCUAAUGGAUUUCCCGUCCCUAAGCCUUUACUUUACUGCGAUGAUGUCUCUGUGAUUGGAACCGAAUUUUAUGUGAUGGAGCAUGUAAAGGGUCGUAUCUUUCGUGAUUUCAGUCUUCCAGAAGUUAGCCCAGCAGAACGAUCUGCCUUGUAUGUGGCUAUGAUAGAAACCCUGGCCCGAUUGCAUUCACUGGAUAUACAGACUUUGGGUCUGGAAGUAUAUGGGAAAGGAGAAGGGUACUGCAAGAGACAGGUGUUAACAUGGACAAAGCAAUAUGAAGCUGCUGCUCAUCAGACCAUUCCAGCUAUGAACCAGCUGUCUGCCUGGUUAAUGGAAAACUUGCCGAAUCAGGACCAGGAGCAAAGUCUGAUUCAUGGGGAUUUUAAAAUGGAUAAUUUGAUUUUCCAUCCAAAAGAGGCUCGUGUAAUAGCAGUUCUGGACUGGGAGCUUUCCACUGUUGGCCAUCCUUUAUCAGACUUAGCAUAUCUUUGCUCCUUCUCCUUUUGUCCAAAGGUCCUUCCAGUGUUAAAGCAAAGCAGUAGCUUGCAACAUACUGAAGGGAUACCACCAGCAGAAGAACUGGCUUUAAUUUAUUGCCGCUACAGAGGAAUUAGCACUACACUUCCUAACUGGAACUUCUUUCUUGCUCUUUCAUGUUUUAAAUUAGCAGGAAUAAUGCAGGGAAUAUAUGCCAGAUAUCUUCUGGGAAAUUCUGCAUCUGAAACAAGUUUUAUGUUUGCCGAUAUUGUCAGACCCCUAGCAGAGACUGGAUUACAAUUCACAAAGAGAACUUUGAGUGCUAUGGUUUCACAGCCUGAUCCUACAGGAAAAUUGUUCUUCCAGACAAGGACAGGCCAAGAAAUUCUGCUCAGGGUGAAGCAUUUUAUGCAGCAAUAUGUACUGCCAGCAGAAAAGGAGGUAAGAGAGUUCUAUAUUUACAAUGAUAAUUCGCUGGACAAGUGGAAAAGGCCUGUAGUGAUUGAAAAACUUCAGGAAAUGGCCAAAGCCGAGGGGCUCUGGAACCUCUUUCUGCCAGCAGUCAGUGGCCUCAGCCAGGUGGAUUAUGCUUUGAUUGCCGAAGAAACAGGAAAAUGCUUUUUGGCUCCAGAAGUUUUCAACUGCCAAGCACCAGACACAGGAAAUAUGGAGGUACUUCACUUAUAUGGAAGUGAAGAACAGAAGAAACAGUGGCUUGAACCUCUUCUUCAAGGAGAAAUUAAAUCUUGCUUCUGCAUGACAGAGCCUGACGUUGCCUCUAGUGAUGCUACUAAUAUUGAAUGUACCAUUGAACGAGAUGGCGAUGACUAUGUCAUCAACGGCAGGAAGUGGUGGAGCAGCGGAGCUGGGAAUCCAAAAUGUAAGGUUGCAAUUGUCUUGGGUAGAAGUAAGAAUCCUUCUGCACCCAGACACAAACAACACAGCAUGAUACUAGUCCCACUCAACACACCAGGAGUAGAAUUAAUAAGACCAGUGUCAGUCUUUGCAUAUUUUGAUAAUUUCCACGGAGGACAUUUUGAGGUACAUUUUAAUAACGUACGAGUACCUGCUUCAAACUUAAUACUAGGUGAAGGAAGGGGCUUUGAGAUUGCCCAAGGCCGACUUGGACCCGGCCGCAUUCACCAUUGUAUGCGGUCAAUAGGUGUGGCUGAGAAGGCUUUACAGAUCAUGUGUGAGCGAGCAGCCCAAAGAGUGACCUUCGGGAAGAAAUUAUACACACAUGAGGUGGUGGCCCACUGGAUAGCCGAAAGCCGCAUUGCUAUUGAGGAAGUGCGCCUGCUGACCCUGAAAGCAGCGCACAGCAUUGACACAGUGGGCAGUGCCCAGGCGAGGAAGGAGAUUGCCAUGAUCAAGGUGGCUGCUCCACGGGCAGCCUGCAAAGUUAUUGACCAGGCAAUUCAAGUUUGUGGAGCAGCUGGAGUCUCUCAGGAUUUUCCUUUAGCUGAAAUGUAUGCCGCGGCUCGAACCUUGCGUAUAGCGGAUGGGCCCGAUGAAGUUCAUCUCUCAACAGUUGCCAAAAUGGAGCUGCAAGACCAAGCCCGCAAGCUGGCUGCCAGGAUGUAGGACCAGCUAGUCCAUGUACCACCUGAGGUGGCAGGGCACAACUGCCCCUGUUUAAGUAGCAUAUGAAUCAUGGUGGAUAAUUGGCUCUUCAUGUUGAAUCUCAUGUUUUUGUAGGAAUUUGAAAGAUUCUUUGACAGCCUCAUAACUAAUCAAAGCAUAGGAAAUAUUUAGAGCAAAUUUUUUCAUUUUUUACAAAUUAUUAGCUGUUAUCUUCCCAACAAUUGAUAUUCAUUCUAAUAUUUACCUGAUUAGGUAAAUUUCCAGUUGAAGAUGUAUUCCAAAUGGCUAAUUCAUUAGCUUUCAGUCACCCAGACUGAUCGUGGGACCUUUGAUUGGGCUUCGGCUUUUUAAACUUCUAAUUUAAGCAAAUCGAUGGCAAAGAAGCAAAAGCAUAAUGAGAAUGGUACAGAAAGUCAUAAUAUUAGCUUUGAGCCCCCAAACGCUCUUUGCAUUUGUUUGUUUUGAGGAAACACUUAAAGCAGAGAUUCUUAGCCUGGUGUUCAUGAACUUACCUGUUGUUGUUUUAUAUUUCAAUGAUUGUCUUUCAUUGUUACUGAUUACCUUUGUAAUCUUCUAUUUUUAAUUCUAUUCAUUUAAAAACAAAAUUCUGAGGAGUCCAGAAACUUCCCCAGACUAUGCCCAAAGGGCCCAUGGCCCUCAGGGAAGGUCAGAACUCCUCAUUAAAGGUGUAUUUGAUUGUUGGCUUGUAGUAAUACAAGGGAGACCCUUUACAUCAUUGUUAGGAAGCAGGUAUGCUAUCUGCCUUUAAAUUCAAGGUCAAUAAAUUAUCAAAGCCUAUUGAUUGCCAGGUGCUGGGGAUUCAAGGACAUUCUAACCUUACGAACAAGUGUGAUGUUUAAUGGGGCAUGAUUUGCCAUAUACUGCAUAAAAUUAAUUAUGGUUACGAACUGUAAUCCACUCCUAGUGCAUCUGAAUUCUAAACAGUAUUUCAAAUCUCCUGUGAAUUAAACACCAGAUGUCACAAGAAAGCAAUCCAGAACAACUUGAUCAGAUUGAUAGACUAUCAGAUCAUAUCAUUUUGCUGAACCUGCACAUCAGACCUAAUUUACUGGGUUUCCCACCAAAGUGAAAAGGAGCCUUGUCAGGUGUGAACCUUUCAUAAAGGAUUUGAGAUCUUUAGAGUUUUUUUAAGAUUGUUCUAAUGGAGAACCUUAAUCAUACAUCUUCCUUGUGCCAACAUUGUUGUUGAGAAAUCAAGUCUUUAAGGCAUGUUAAAAAUCCUUGUAUGUUACUGGAAUAAGCUACUGUGAAUUAUACUAAAAUGCCAAAUAGAAGAAAGUAUUUUUCAGUUCUAACAAGGUUUUUAAAUCAGCUUGAUUGAAGCACAUUCAGAAGAAUUUGGUUUCUAGACAUCGUUUCAACCUGCAUUUUAAUUUCUUCCCAAGGCAGGUGAAGGUAAUGGGAUGAUUCUUGGGACACUUUAAGUGAACCCAGUGCUGUUACUCAAGCUCCUUAGCCCAGUUGUGCUCUGGAGGAGUGAGGGAAGCCAGGACUGCUCACGAACAAUCACACCUAAAGCUUACCUCUGUCUAUCCAGCAUUAAAAAAAUCAGAAGCCUAACUUUUUUUUUUUUUUUUGCCUUUUCCUCUUUGCCUGAGGGGACUACUUCUAGUGACUCAGAUGCUUCUUAGAUCCAUGUAUUUUCCAAACAAGAAGUAGAUUCUAUUCAGGGCACUCCCUCAAUGAUACACAAGGGGGGCAAAUCACGCAAUGUGAUCUCUUCCCUCCCCUCAACAUUUAUCUCGGCGAAAUCAGGCUGAAGUGAACAUUGAAGGUAGGUUUGUAGGGCCAAAGGGAUGAUAGGCAGAAGGGCAGUAAGGAGGCUGAGUGGGAUCGGAAGGGAAAAGGGUCCAUUUCCUCCAUGUUGCCUCGGUAUUGAUGGAAGGGUUCAUAGACCAGCUGUCUCUCUGCUAGGCACCAUCCAGCCAUAGCCCAACACAGCGGUAGCUUGCCACCUUGGCAUCUGUUUCUCAGACAAGGAACCUGAGUGACAAGAACAGCACCACUGCGAAUCACCAACCCUGUAGGUAUUGUAAAGGGAGCCUACAAAAGCAGCUCUCUCAUUGGACAGCAUCUCUCAGGAGUUGUGUUCAUAAAGUGCAUUUUCCCAUGUCUUCCAAACAGGCUUUAGGGAAUAAAGUAUAAAUAUUAUGAAUAAAAGAACAUUGGAAACAAA